AUGGCUCAAUACAAUGAUGUUAAUGAAAAUAAUAAAGAAGUGAAGGAUGAUUUUAACGAAGCCUCUAAUAGUGUAGAAAAACCUGUCUAUGAAUUGUGUGAUAAGGAACAAAUGAAAUAUCCUUUUUUCAUAGCUCCAACGUACGAUUAUUAUAUUAGUUCCAAUGGAUAUGCAACAACAUAUAAUUUACCAGUAGUUAAAAAGGUCAAAGGUAAACGAUUUUUGGGAUGCUGCUAG